AAAAAAAAAAACAAAAACAAAAACAAAAAAACAUACCUAGCAUAUGACCUGGCUCUUCCCAUCCUGGGCAUUUAGCCCAGAGAAGUGAAGACUUCACGCUGACACAAAAACCUGUACACAGAUGUUUAUAGUAGCUUUAUUAGUGACAGCCAAAACCUGCAGACACUUCGAACUCCUUCAACAGGUAGUUAAGCAAACUGUGAUACAUCCAUAUCAUGAUGUACUACUAAGGGACACCAGGAAAUGAACUGUGAAUCCUUGCAGCCAUCUAGAUGAAUCUCCAGUUACAUCAAAUGGGAAAAAGGAAAUCCCCAAAUUUCAUAAACUAUGUGAUCCCAUCUGUAUAACAUUCUUGAAAUGGCAACAUUAUACACAUGGUGAACAGAUUUGUGAUUGCCAGGGAUUAAAGAGGUGGUGGAGGGGGAAAGAAAUUUGUGUGGUUGUAAUCGGGGAAUAGGAAGGACCCUUGUGGUGAUGCAAGUGUCUCUGGAAGACUCCAUCUGUAAAAAAACUGAUGUCAUCUCUCUGUGUUAUUUAUUACAGCUGCAAAUGAAUCUACAGUUAUCUCAAAAUAAAAUGAUUACUUUUAAAAAGUCAAAACUUGGAGGCCAAGAUAAGGAAACCAGUAUGUCAGUUUGGCAGUUACAACAUGAGCUUUGAAUAUGUGACAUCAUAAUGGCAGUGACCGCGGACCGCUGCGGAAUCUUCAGGCUUCAAGCAUUUGACAGUACUCUGCCAAGUGCUGUAGACUCACUCGAUUUCCCGUCCCGCGAAUUGAAGAGAAAAGGAUGUUCCCGUCAAUCAGAAAGCACGCUGAGCUUACAGGUGGACAUUCAAGGCUUCAGCGCAUGAGGAAGACCUCGUCUGUGGAGGUGGACACCCACAGCGAAAGCACUACAUCAUCUGAGGGUGCCACUCGUACCUUGCUCAUCCAUGGCCCCGUUGAGCUCAAGAAAGGCUGGAGGAGGCAGAAGUGGCAGCUUUUCUUGUACAGCGAUUUAUUACUGAUGUCUAAUACCAAGCUGCAGAGAUGAAAAUGGGAACAGAGGAAGUCUCAGAAAUGGUCCAGUCAUACAUAGGGAAAUCAUGCAAGAGAUUCCAACCCAGGCCUG